AUGGCGGGCCGCCUCCAAGGGGCGCCGCCAGAGGACGAUCAGCUGCGCAGGUUCCUGCCGCGCGACGGCGGCGAGGGCGCGGGGCCGGGCGGCGCGGCCGGCCCCGCAGCGCCUGCGGCGACGGGCGGUGCUGGCGGCGACGCCGCGAGCUUGAACGCGCUGGUGGAGGCUGCUGCUGGCAGCGGCGAUGUUGGCAGCCAGCUGGCGGCGCUGGCGGCGCACUUGCGCACGCUGCAGGCCCCGGGGGCGUCUGAGAAGCUGGGUGGCACGCUGUUUGUUGGCAUCCUGCGGUCGGCCAUAGAGCAGCGGGAGCAGCUGGCUGACCAGCAGCAUCACACGUCCAUCCGCGACACAAUGAACGCUGCUCAGGAUAUCUUGAACCUCCUGGCGGUGUCCGCGGUGGUGUCGACAAGUGGCGCAGCAAGCAGCAGCAGUAGCAGCAAUGGCAGCAGCAGCAACAACAGCAGCAGCAACGGUGGCAACGGCAAUGGUGGCAACGGCAAGGGUGGCAGCGCAGGCGCAGACUCCGCUGCCGCCGUCGCCGCAGCGUUGGUGGAAGGCAUGCGGGCGGCGCUUGAUGAGGCCUGGCGCCGGCCGGCCGCGGUCGCGCGCCUGGGCGGCGCGGAGCUCACGUCGCUCUGCGUCGUGCUGCAGCUGAUUUGCCGCCACGGCGCGGCGCCGCUGCCGCCCGCGUUUCUGCAAGCGGUCUGGAAGCGGCUCGCGGCGCUGUCGCAGCGGCAGCAGCGUGCGUGGCGCCGGGGGGCGGCUGGAGCGGGGGGCGGGCAGCAGGGCGGCUACGAGGAGGCGAGCGCCGCCCCGGCCGUGGCCCCGGCCUCGACGCCCGCGCUCUCUGCGGAGCAGCUCGCGGUCUGCCUCUUCUGUCUUGCGGCGCACCCCGGCACGCCCGCGCCGCGGCUGCUCGGCGCGGCGCUCGGGGCGGCGGCAGCCUGCCUGCCGCGGCUUGACUCGGCCGGGGUAUGGCGGCUGGCGUCCGCGGGCUGCGCCUGGGCGCCGCGCGUGCGUGGCCGCCCGCCGAAGCAGGCCGCGGCGCUCGCCGCGGCGCUGGCUGUGGACGCCGCCUUGCGCAUCGGCGCGCUGGAGCCGCGCGCGGCGGCCGCGGCGUGCCAGCUCUGCAGCAGCUGGGGCGCGGGCGCGGAGGCGAUGGGUGCGCUUGCGGGCGCCGUCGCCCCUCGGCUGCCAGGGUGGGGGGACGGCCCAGAGGCGGCGGCGGCGGCCGGCUGGCUGGCCCCGUGGUUGGCCGCGGAAAGCGACGCACGACUGCUGCACGCCGCGCUCGAUGCCGCGCUGCCUCCUGGGGAGCGCGGGGUGCACGCCGCGGCCGUAUUCUUUGCUGCUGCUGCGGCUGCCCUCGAGGAAGGCUUGGCGACCGAGCUGUCUGGGCAGGUGUUUGGGGCGGCGCUGGCGCGGCUCGUAGAGGCCCAGGGGGUCGCAGGCGGCGCGCCGAGCGAAGGCGCGCUGCGCGCAGCCGCCGCCGCGCUCGCCGCAUGCGCGCGGGCGGCCGCCCCAGGCGCCGGCUGGCCCGCGCCGCAGCUGGUGGAGGCGCCCGUGCAGCAGCUGGUCGAUUUGGCGCUUGCCGCGGAUGCAGGGGGCGACCUGCAGCGCGACGCGUUUGCGGCCCUGGCAGCGCGCAGCGCGGAGGGGUCGCGGCUGCGGGCGCAGCGGCUGCCAGAGCUUCUGCUUGUGGCCGCAACGGAGGGGCGGCGCAGCAGCGUGCAGGCUGGCCCCCCGCAGCAGCAGCAGCAGCAGCAGCAGCAGGGGCAGGCGCCCUGGGUCGGCGUCGCACGCGCAUGCCUCGCGUCGCUGCAGCACCGAGCGCGCUUCCUGCCGCCGCCGCAGCUGCUGCUGCUGCUUGAGGCCCUGGGGGUCCUGGGGAUCCGCCCCCAGGGCAUGCUGACGUCAGCGGGCCUCCAGAUCGCGAGCAGCACGCCGGUGAUGUCAUCCCGCGAGCUCGCCGCCGCCGCCGUGCGCCUCGCUCGCCUGCGGCACGCGCCGCCGCUCGCGCCGGCGGCAGUGGCGGGGGAGGCGUGCCGGCUCGCGGCGGCGGGGGAGAUGGGGCGCGGGGACGCGCUCCGCACAGUCUGGGCACUCGCCAAGCUGCAGCACGCGGGCCCGGCGGCGCGGCGGCUGCUGGAUGUCACAACAGACAUGCUGCUCGGCGCCGAAGAGCGCGGCGGCGGCGGGGCCGGCAGCAUCGACGGCGCCGGCGGGGGAGGGGGCUCGACCGGCGGCGUCGACGGCGCCGGCGGCGGCGGCGUGGCGGUUGCGCAAGGGGCGGCGGCUGGUGCGGCGCCGCUGCCUGCGUUGGCGGUGGUGGCCUGGGCAUCAGGGGCGCUGCGCCUGCGGCCGGCGCGGCUGCGGGACCUGCUGGCAGCUGCCGCGUCGCACCCCGCGCCCCCGUCCCCCCAGGCCGUGUCCAACGUGCUGUGGGCGUGCGCGCGGCUGCGGCUCGCGCGCGCCGACGGCGUCGUGGCGUGGGGCGUGCGCAGCAUGGACAGGCUGUGGGGGGACGCGCCGGCGCUGGCGCUGGCAAACACUACGUGGGCUCUGUGGAAGCUAGGCUACCAGCCAAGCAGCUCCUUCACGGCGGCCCUCAUGCCCGCGCUGGGCCGCGAAUGGGGCAGCCUCGACGCCACGCAGCUCAGCCAGGUCCUGUUCGUGCUGGCCAAGUGGCGCGCGCCGCCGCCGCCGGACCGGCUGCGGGCCGCGGCGGCGCGGCUGGAGCGGGAGGCGGGGGCGCUUGACGGGCCGGGGGUGUGCUCCUUCGCGUCGGCGCUUGCCAGGCUCGGGGCACCCCUGGAGCACAGCACGCUCGCCGCGGCGGAGGCGCGCCUCGUGGCGCUCUCGGCGCAGGAGCAGCAGCAGCAGGAGGAGGACGGCCAGAGUGCUGAGCGGGACGCCGGCCCGUACGCGCCGAGCGGCGUCGGCGGCGUCGGCGCCGGCCGCGCGCGUGCGGGGAUACAGCGGCAGUCGGGCCCGCCGGAGCUGAAGCGGCGGCGGCCGGCCGACGCGUCAGACGUGGCGCUCUUCCUGGGCGCCUGCGGCGCACGGGGCUACACACCGCGCUCGCCGAGCGCGGCGCCGCGGCGCUGA